GGCCACUCCCAAGUCACGCCUACCGGUUCGAGAGGGCGGGAGGCAAAUUCAACUAGGCUAAAUACAACUUUUACAGACACGUGAGUCUCUGUGACGAUAGUUGAUAUAUUAUUAUAAACACCACCUUUUCCACCAUCGAAAUGGUGAGAAGUUGCUUGGUACCGGGAUGUUCACCCAAAACCAGGAAAGGACGAGCAGUAAGUUUUCAUCAUUUGCCGGUUAAAGAUUGGGAGCGGUGUAAACAGUGGCUGCGGGCUAUCAACCACCUAAAGUAUAGAGAAGACACUGAUGCGGUACACUUAAAAAACCUGACGGUUUGCAGUCGCCAUUUCAAGCUGGAUGACUGGGAACUUAAUGUACUCGGAAUGAAGCGAACCGCGCUAAAGGACACCGCAAUUCCGUCCAUAUUUACCUUCCCAGACGACGAACAGCCGAGGCCAUCUGAUAUCAAACACAUUCGUCAUAUGAUUGCGAAAGAUUUACCUUUGUUGGCAUCUGGACAGUCAUCCCUUACCAAGAAACCGUCAACCCAAACCCCAGAAAAGAUACAAGCAAAUCCAGAAAGUGACAGACGGCUCGCUAAAACAAUAAUCGACAUCGGCAGUGCUUUUGCAUUGUGGCAAAAGUUCAGAGAUGAAAAUGGAUUUAAGACUGAUACUGAGCUGGCUUUUUACUUGCUAAGGAGGACAGCGUGCUGUGCAGAUCUUUCAGCUCGGCGUAAAAAGAGAAAAUUGGAGACGUUUACUGAUGUGGCUUCAGAGGAGUGUGAGAGCGAAUCAUCUCAGCACAGAAAUGGACAUCAUCAAGUCCCUUCUCCAUCCCAGACAGUUGAACCAGCACAGACCGAAAUAAAGUCAAAAGACCAACUUGGGUCAGAAGACCAGAUGAGGUUGGAAGACCGGAUAAAUUCAGAAGACCAGCUGAGUUCAGAAAACCAGAGUUCUGUUGCUCCAGCAUUAAACAAUGAAGAUAUUGUUCCAGAGUGUUCUACUUCAACCAUUAAAAAUGAAAUAAAAGAAGAACCAGUAGAGACUAAAGUACAACCAGAAAACAGACUUGAGAUCAGCAUGGACUCUGUUACUACAUCAGACAAAAUCACCCCCAGUUUUGUUCAGACUGUAAACUCAGUUUCAAUGGAAAUUAAAGAAGAACAUACAGAAGGACCACUUGUGCCCAAUAAAACUCAUUUCACAGGACUGUUUGGGACCUGUUUUCAAUGUGGAGAGCCAAUGCAGGAAUAUACAACCAGAUCAUCUGGGAGCCUCAACCAACUUCAGUGGAAAUGUUCAAAUGGACACCUCAUGUGUCUUUUCUCCAACAACAACCCAACACGGACACAUACACAUCUGAGCUAGUUUUUAUAAAGUUACAUGUUAUUUAAAUAAAGAUUUACUUUUAUAUAACA